AUGAGGAACCCUGGAUGCUGCACACUCCUCCUCCUCUUGGUGGCCAUGGACCUGAACCAGUAUUGUGCAGGCUCACACUGGCUGCAGACUUUCAACAUUGCAUUUUUGGAGCCUGGCAUGAUUAAUUCCCGGUUCAUCCACAUCAGCUAUGUAGACUCUAUACAGUAUCAGGGAUUUGACAGCAAAGAACCAAUGGCUACUUUAAAACCUCGGGCUGCAUGGAUGGAGCAGGAACUACCUAAAUAUUGGAACGUGGAGACAACAAAAGUUCUGCUCUUGUCACAGAUAGAAAGACGAAUUCUUUACUUCAUGAUCGAAAAAUAUGAACACAGAAUGGACGAUUAUCACACCCUGCAGGAAGUAUAUGGCUGCAAUGUGGCUAAUGAUGGGCGCUUCCUUCAUGGUCACUUCCGGCUCACCUACUAUGGCUAUGAUUACUUAACCCUGAAUGAGGACCUGAGCUCCUGGACUGCAGAGGGCAAGGGAGCUGAAUACAUGAAGAGCAGGUGGGAGAAUAUGAGUGAGGCAAAAAGGUGGAAGACUUACCUGCAAGGGGAGUGUGUACAAAGGCUUCUUAGAUACCUGGACCUUGGAAAGGAGACUUUGCUGCGCUCUGAUGCCCCCCAAACACAUGGGACCCACCAUGUAAGACCUGAAGGGAAUGUCACCCUGAGGUGUUGGGCCCUGAGAUUCUACCCAGCUGAUAUCACCAUGACCUGGAAGAGGGAUAGGAACAACCACACCCAGGACAUGGAGCUGCCAGACACCAGGCCUGCAGGGGAUGGAACCUUCCAGAAGUGGGCAGCUGUGGUGGUUCCUUCUGGAGAAGAGCUAAGAUACACAUGUCAUGUGCACCAUGAAGGGUUACCUGAGCCUCUCACUCUGAAAUGGGAGCCUCCACAAACCAUCCCCAUAAUAGCAAUUCUCAUCGGCCUGGUUCUUGGAACUUUGGUGGUGGGAUCUGUGGUCAUUUUUCUGGUGUGGAAGAAAUAAAGGUCUGAUGCUGUACCGCCAUAGACAUGGACAGUGCCCAGAGAUUGGAUGCAUCUCUCCUAGUAGGAUAGGAAAUACUUGAAGAACAUGUUGCUGAGCUGGGGCCACUUGCUAGAAUGGAGUUAUGGUUGGUAUGGAUGCCUAUUUGGUAUCAUGUUUUAAUAAUCACCAAUCAGCAUUUGUUCUUCAUUAUUUCCUUCUAUUGUGUGAGAUACAAUCUUCGGUGACUUCAAAAGCUCCUGACUUUUCUUUCAAUGGCUGACACCUAUGCCCAGGUCUCUGUCUCCUGUCAGGAGAGGCAGGUCUGGUAGACCGACAUCAGAAACGGACCUUCAGUUUCCAAUGAGCUGUAAAUUUAUUUUUCCAAGUUUAACAUGAGGAUUUUGUUAAUUUCUUAUUGUUUGACUUCUUCCUAUGGUGUAUUUAAUGAGUAAACCCAAUGAAAGCAAGACGAAUACCACAGCAACCCUGUCUUGAGAAGUUGAAAUCCAUUCACUGGGUCUUCUCUAUCUUUUUCUGAAUGCCAUUUUUUCUCUUCAACCUCAUAUUUAAAUCUGUUCCUUUCUCUUCCCAAUAAACUUGAACUUUGAUUC